AAAAACUGCAGAAGAAGAGAGAAGCCGUAUAAUCGCACAGAGAAGAAGAAAUCUAUCAAAACCUCGUGAAGCGGGAAUUGGCAGUUCACCAGCAUGGACUGGGGUCAGAAUGAGCUGCCGUCGCCGGUGGUUCGAGAUGACGAGGUGACCGUUGCUGCCCGCAGGAGGAAGAAGGUGGCCUUCCCAUCACCUGGGAGUGGCACUCCUAUUGCUUCCACGGUAACCCCAGCUCGCUCCCUGCUGAGGAACACUCCGGCUUCUCUGUACAGACAAGCUGUAACUCCAAGGGUUCCAGAUGUUUCCUCUAUCAUGGCAACGGGAGGUCGAACGCCUCGAUACUUACACACACCAAGAAAUGUCGUCAGUAGUGUGAAUUUGGAUGACAGUGACUGGACCAACAGCUUUUACACUUCCCCUGUGUCCGGACUGGAGAAUACCAGCUUCUUUAAAGAUGACACUGCAAACCUCAGCUCAGCACUACUAAAAGAGGACGACCCGGGUGAAGCAUCGGCUGCCAGUCUUUUCCCAGAGUUCCUUGCUUCCUUUGUGAAACACUCUUCCUCUGCAGUGUUUGAUCUGUUGGAGGACUAUCAGGCACUCUGCCAGGACAAGGUGGAUGUGCUGCAGUCUGUGGUGCUGAGAGCAGGUCAGAACAGUAAAACCGCUGGAGUGCGCUGGCUGCUGCAACAGGAGAACUGCACCUGGAGACUCAUCGCCUCGCUCUACAGGGAUCGGGUCCAGUUGGCGCUAGAAGAUGACAUGAUGAUAGACAUGGUUGCUCCCAGUGAGAGUGAGAAGAUUGUAGUGGAGCAACUUUUCCAGCGGGAUGCCAUCGUACGACAGAGUCAGCUGGUCGUCGAUUGGCUGGAGAGCAUCUCCAAGGAUCAGACUGGAGAAUUUUCAGAUAAUAUAGAAUAUUAUGCCAAAAAUGUGUGCUGGGAGAACACCAUCCAUGCGUUGAAGAUGAGGAGGAAGAGUGGCUCAGCCUUAACUGUUCCUCUUGUCACUGAGCUGGACCCAGACGCUCCUCUCCGGCAGCAGCGCCCCCUGGCUGACCUGGACAGAGAAGAUGAUGCCCGACUGCUGAAGAACCUGUUCAUGUUGAUCAGAGCUGGGAUGACGGACGAGGCACAGAGGUUGUGCAAACGCUGUGGUCAGGCCUGGAGAGCAGCAACGCUGGAAGGCUGGAAACUCUACCAUGAUCCCAACCUGACAUCAGGGAGUCUGGAGUUGCAGCCAGUUGAAGGAAACCCACAGAGAGGAAUAUGGAAAGCAUGCUGCUGGAGGAUGGCUGAAGAGGAGCAGUUAAACAGAUAUGAGAGGGCGAUCUAUGCCAGCCUGAGUGGGAACCUUAAGCCGCUCCUGGCUGUGUGUGACUCAUGGGAGGACUGUGUAUGGGCGCACUUCAGAGUGAUGGUCGACUCGCUGGUGGAAAAGGAGCUCAUGUCAUCAGGAAUGUCCCACCAGGAAGCUGAGACACUUCCGCGGGGAUACCUGGAAGCCAAUUGGACCAUGGAGAAAGUGUUUGAAGAACUUCAAGCGUCAGAGUCAAAGAGGGUCUUGGAUGAGACAAAAGAACAUUACCACAUCAUCCAAAAGUUUGUCAUACUGGGAGACCUGGAUGGUCUGUUGGAGGAGUUUUCUGAUUGGCUAACAGCCUCUAAGACCCUGCCCUCCCACCUGCUCCGUUUCAUGUCUCAUCUGGUGCUGUUUUUCCGCUCUCUGGGUUUGGCGUUGAAGGAGGAGGUGUGUGUUGACGUGUUGAAAGCAUACGUCUCCCUUCUGAUACGAGACCAGCAGACAGAGCUUGUGGCGAGCUACGUCGGUCAACUUCCCGGCGAACUUGCCACGGUUCAGUAUGCUGCAUUUUUGGAGACUGUCACCCAGCCAGAACUCCGUCCUCAGUGCCUGCAGCUCGCCACCAGCGCUGGUUUGGAUGUUUCUGCAAUAACCAAAUUGGUGGUGGAGACGGUACGAGAGAGCGAUGACACUGAGUUUACCCACCACAGCCAGACAAUAGAAACAGGAACUACAAAGGAGGACCAAAGGAAGAUUGACAUCAUUGACUGGCUCCUGUUUGAACCCGCCCAUCGAGCUGAGGCCCUGAAGCAGUCCAAUGCUAUCAUGAGGAAGUUUCUUGCUCUGCAGAAACACGACGCAGCCAAGGCUGUGUUCUCUAAAGUUCCAGAGGAUUCGAUGAGAGAGAUUUACUGCCAGUGGACGGGCGUUGGACAGACCACACCGCUCCCUGCCGACGACGAGAACGCCAUCAGGGAACACCUGUGCAUCAGAGCCUAUCUGGAAGCUCAUCAGGCCUUCACUGACUGGUUCAGCCACAGCAGUUCUGCUCCACAGAAGCCAGUUCCCGCCUCUGAGGCCAAAUUCACAGAGAGAGUGGCUAAUGAGAUGAGAGAGAAGGAGUACCAGGCUGCCCUGACGGCCUGGUCGUGUCGUCUAGACAUUCUGACUGAAGAUGUGAAGGAAAGAAUCUACAACGUGUUGCUGUUCGUGGAUGGAGGAUGGAUGGUCGACAGUAGACAGCAGGAGUCAGAGCAGGAUACAGAGCGUAGCCAUCACAUGGCAGCGUUGCGAUCUCUGUGUCUUCCUCGCCUCACCUUCCUGCUUCUCAGCGUGCUGCAGAGCUCUGCCCGACACCAGGAGGCGCUGCGACUGGCCGACAUCAUCUCGUCUGACCAGCAUCGCCUCUACCAGGUUUUCUCAAAAGAGGAGCUGGGGAGGUUCCUGCAGAAGCUACGGGAGUCUUCACUCGCUCUUUUGGACCGAGGACUUGAUCCUCUGGGCUAUGAACUGCAGUCAUGAUCACAUAAAUGACACACACACAAAGAAAUGUUUGAAGUAUUGCUGUUUUUUUAAUUUUCUGUGCAAAAUAAAAAAUUGUCUUGUA